AGAAGCGGCAACCCCUGCAGUUUUGAGAGUACACUAAGCGGUGAACAUUGUAACCAUGUUGCAGCUCGUAUUUGGAAGUUGAUGCAAAAGAUGGCGACCUUCACCAGAGCUGCACGAAAUGUACUGCAGAAGAGUCCAAACGAUGUGGUCUUGCUUUCUGCGGUCAGGUCUCCAAUUAACCGCAGCUUCAAAGGGGGAUACAAAGAUGCUCACCCGGAAGACAUCUUGAUGCCAGUGAUGCAAGAGGCUGUACGACGUGCGCAUAUUGAGCCUAAGGAUGUAAACGACGCCAUGAUUGGCAAUGUGUUGGCUGAACUGGGAUUUGCGAAGACCGGUCGCAUGGCGCUCAACCAUGCUGGGUUCCCGAACUCGACGACUUUCCAUACUGUCAAUCGCCAGUGUUCGAGCAGUCUGCAAGCUAUCACCCACAUAUCGCACUCGAUUAUGGUGGGACAGAUUGAUGUUGGCCUUGCUGGAGGCGUAGAGUGCAUGUCAAGAAAUUAUGGAUCGCGAGGUGUUCCAACCGAUGUUUCGCCUACUCUCCUGGGUUCUACUGUCAAAGAUGCUCGCGACUGUCUUAUGCCUAUGGGAAUUACAUCAGAGAAUGUGGCGGAAAAGUACAAGAUUGACCGCAAAUCUCAGGACGAGUACGCCGUGGAGAGUCAUGGCCGUGCCAGUCGAGCCCAGAAAGAAGGUCGUUUCGAUUGGGAGACUGUUCCUGUAACAAUCCAGAGGGUUGAUGAGGCAACAGGGCAGCCAAGUGGAUACGAGGUGACGAAGGAUGAUGGCAUUAGGCAUGGUCUGACAUUCGAGAAAGUGUCAACACUCAAGCCAGUAUUUGGCGAGAAUGGAAAGAGCACGGCAGGCAAUUCGUCCCAAAUAUCAGACGGCGCAUCGUCUACCAUCCUGGCUCGAAGGUCGUGGGCAGAGGAGCGUGGGCUGACACCACUGGGUCGCUUCGUUGGAACACAGGUCAGAGGCUGUGCGCCCGACGAGAUGGGCAUCGCACCAAUCUAUGCCAUACCAGCGUUACUAAAGUGGACGGGUGUUGAGCUGAAGGACGUCGAUAUUAUAGAGCUGAAUGAGGCCUUUGCAAGCCAGACCAUUGCGUGCAUACGCGAGCUAGGCUUGGAUGAAGAGAAAGUAAAUCCAAACGGCGGCGCCAUCGCUCUUGGUCAUCCGACGGGCGCAACAGGCGCCCGCCAGACUGCGACUCUCUUUGGUGAGCUACGGCGACAAGACAAGGAGAUUGGCAUUGUAAGCAUGUGCGCGAGUACCGGGCAAGGCGUCGCAUCGCUAUUCAUUCGGGAGUCGUAGCAGAGGAGAUGAACUAGCUCAAUUGAUUAAGGAGAUAGAUAUCUAUCGGGUACACAAUUCCGAAUUCUGAUUAUG